AUGCUUCUGGCCGCGGUCACCACCGUCCUUUGGGCCAUUACGUCCGAAGUCUCGGCUGCGACGGCCACCAGGUUCGAGGGCAUCCCGUCGGUGGGCGUGCUCUACACCCACUCGCCCAAAAAGCACAUGUGCACGGCUGCCGUCGUCGACAGCAAGCCGGGAAAUAUGAUCAUCACGGCUGCGCACUGUAUGCGCGGCGACGGGAAGCACCUGCGCUUUGCCCCCGGAUAUCACGAUGGCUCUACGCCAUAUGGAACCUACCCCGUCACGGGGGCCUAUAUCCAUAACGAGUGGAACAAGACCUUUAGCAUCAACCACGACUACGCCAUCCUGACCCUUGGUAACGCUACUAUUAACGGCAGAUCUGUCAAUGUCCAGAAGAUGACCGGUGGCAACAAAAUCAAUUUCAGCCCUUCGUACAAGAACGUGGUCAAGGUCUUUGGCUACAAUCUCAACGAGGAAAAGCCUAUGCGCUGCACAACCUCUACUUAUCGGGCUGGAGAGGGACAACUCGGCUUCAACUGCGGUCCCUUCAGGGCAGGGACAAGCGGUUCCGUCUUCAUGACCAAGUAUCGUAACAAGAAGAUGCUUGGAACAAUAGUGGGAAACAUUGGUGGCUGGCAGGGCGGGGGUUGCAGCGACAGCACGUCGUACUCGGCCAAGUAUAGCUCUGGAUUGAAUCGCGUCUUCGACGAAGCGAGCAACUCGACUGGAAAAACUGAUUGCGGUUGGGUGGUUAGGGGCGGUGCUCCCAAGUAUUGCUGA